GUCAUAUAUGACACGAACGAAAUAUUAACUUAAAUCUGAUCUCUCGCGCGAAGUGAUGGAAUACCACUUUUUUAAAAAAUGAUUUUCUUUUUAAUAAGGAAAUGACAUGAUAUUAAAGAAAAUUUGAAAAUAUUAUAUUCCUUAAGUGGAAAAACAUGUCUAAUACGCGGAGAAGGGUAAAGUUGUAUGUUUUAAAUGAACGGAGACAGUGGGAUGAUCAUGGAACUGGAUACGUUUCCACAUUGUUCAUGGAUCAUGAUUCCCAAAACAAGGGAAUUGUUUUAUUGGUUAGAUCUGACGAAGAUGGUAAAGUGAUGUUAGAAUCGCGAAUUCAAACUGAUACCGUAUAUCAGAGACAACAGGAUACUCUUGUUGUAUGGACAGAAGCAGACAACGAUCUAGCAUUAAGCUUUCAAGAAAAGGAGGGAUGUGGUGAAAUAUGGGAAAAAAUUUGUCAGGUUCAAGGUACAAACCCAGAAAACGCUAUUACACAAGAUGUUAUUGAAGAGGAUGCUAACUCAUACGAAGAUGUUCAGGAUCUUUCUGUACCUAUUGAACUCCCACCCUGUGAUCUAAGUAAAUUAGAUGAAAUUUCAGAACUUUUUUAUAACGCACUUGCAUCUCCAGUUGGUCGCGAAAAAUUAGCAAUGGCUAUUGAACAUGAUGGUUAUGUGAAGAAGUUAAUCGAUUUGUUCCACAUGUGUGAAGACUUAGAAAAUACUGAAGGGUUGCAUACCUUAUUUGAAAUAUUCAAAUCUUUAUUUAUGCUAGAAAAAAACUCUCUCUUUGAAGUUAUGUUUUUACCUGAGAAUAUAAUGGAUAUUGUUGGAAUACUGGAAUAUGACCCUAGUAAAAAAGAGACUACACCACAUCGGCAAUUCUUAAAUGACACCGCCAAAUUUAAGGAGGUUAUUCCAAUUUCUAAUACUGAACUUUUAAACAAAAUACAUCAAACGUACAGAGUUCAAUACAUCAAAGAUAUAUUAGUUCCAAUACCAUCAUUCUUCGAUGAGAAUAUGUCAACGUUGGGCUCGUUUUUAUUUUUUAAUAAAAUUGAAAUUGUACGAAUGAUUCAGGAAGACCCAAACUUUUUAGAAGAAUUAUUUGCAAAACUUACCGAUGAUGAAAUUUCUGACGAGAAAAGAAAAGAGACGCUGUUUCUUUUGAAAGAACUGUGUUUAUUUUCACACUCACUGCAACAACCAAACCGAGACACCUUCAUAAAGAAUAUUGCUGACCAUGGAUUGUUGCAGUCUUUGGAACAGCUAAUGAAUUUGGAUGAAGUGGAAAUUCGAAGUGCUAUUGUUGAUAUUAUAUGCUCGGUUGUUGAGUUUAAUCCAUCACUGGUGAGGGAAUAUCUGAGUAAGGAAGCUGAUUUUACUGACGAGGACUCUAUGUUACUCAACACAUUAAUUGACAUGCUUUUAAUGGGUGCAGAAGAUGGUACAGGCGUCAUCAUACUGCAACUAAUAAGGAACUUACUAGAUCCUGAAAAUAUGGGUUUAGGAAAUAAUAAAAUGGAAAAAUCCGACUUUCUUGCAUAUUUUUAUCACCAUUGCGUUCAUGUACUGACUGCACCCAUCUUUGCUGUUACUGCCACGAAAGAAUUGUCUGGGAAAGAUGAUUUCAAGCGUGCAACGAUUUUAGGUCACAUCGUUGAAAUCCUUACGUUUUGUGUCGAGCAUCAUUCUCAUCAUAUCAGAACUCACAUCAUCACGAAAGAUUUACUUCGCAGAGUUCUUAUUCUAAUGCAAUCAAAACAUAAAUUCUUAGCUCUAGCUGCGCUGAGGUUCUGCCGAAGGGUGAUUGGUAUGAAAGAUGAAUUACUAAACCGUUACAUCGUCGUUAAUAAGCUGUUACAGCCUGUUGUUAAUGCAUUUUUAUCAAACGGGAAGAGAUACAACUUGUUGAAUUCAGCUAUAAUUGAAUUAUUUGAAUUUAUUCGACUGGAAGAUAUCAAAUCUCUAUGUGCGUACGUUGUGGAGAAUCAUAUCAGCGCAUUUGAAAACACUACUUACGUUGACACGUUUAGUGGUCUAAAAACAAGAUACGAACAAGAAAAAGAUCGUUUGAAAAAAAACGACUGUGAGAGUAAAGAAGAGCAAAGUGUCGGAAUAAUAUACGUCAACAACACGACUCGAAAACGUCGUGACGACCGAGUUUUAGACGAGUAUGAGGAGAAUUGGUUUGAUACAGAAGACGAUGAAGUUGUGAACUCGACAAAUGAACUCGAAUCAACAUCCACAAAACCUUUAAGUGCCAAAUUAAAAGAUGUUGAUCUUAUUGAUAAUCUGGACUCGCCACCGACUUCGCAAAAUUCUAGAAGGCCUGAUAGUCCAGAAAGUGUUUUCCAUUUGCAAAAUUCCGAACGCCCGAAUAGUCCGAACAGUGUAGCGACACAAAAUACCACCACGAAAGUGGAUAGCUCAUAUAUAAAUAACGCGUUUCAGAACAAUGUACGGCGGUUGACUUGCGCAAAACCUUUAAAUAACACAAAACCCACUAUGAAUAUCAAAAUAAAUUCGAACUUUAACCUUAAAUCGAAAGGGGGAACACAUUCUAACAACCUGGCGAAUCAUACGAACAACGGAAUUUCGAAUGCAUCGAACGUUAACGCAUCUCAAAAAACAAUUAUAACAACAACGAAGGAAACACCGAAUAUCGCUGUGAAGACAAAAUCGCUUUUAACAAGUUUGGUCGACUAUCCCGAUGACGAUGACGACAGUGCAGAUGAUGACGAAGUCCCUUCGUCCCCAGCCAAAAAGCAAAGAAUCGGGUCUAGUUGAUAACCAAUCCACGGCUGUGUUUGUUGCGACAUGGGUCAUACUGACCCGAAUUUGACUUGCAGAGAACCUUCUCCCGUAAGGGUGGGAAAGAUAGAUUCAGAUACAGAAAUUGCAGCUGUACGCCCCAACGCGCUUACUCCAACUCAAGAUGAUGUUUGCGGCGGCGAAAAUCGAAUAAAAAAAGACCGUUAAGGUCUACCAGACAGCGGCGAAAUGAAGGGUUGAUACCACGUUGACAAUGUUUAGUAAAACUAGCUUACUAGCAGUUACUGUUUCCUUUGUAGGACAUGAAUUGCCAUACUUGCUAAUCUUACUUUUUUUAUUUUUUGAACUGGAACAAUGUGAAUUCUCGUACAUGUUAAUAGUAAAAAAUCGUGCGGUGAGAAUAAAACAAAACGUUUCUUUACUCCGUUUACCAAUACCUUCUUCAAAAUAAAACAAAAAUCCUCUUUAUGUGAUGUUUUACCAGUGUACUUUUCAGAAUCGAAAUACUUUUUGGCUGUCGUUUUUUUAUUCAAAUCAAUUAUAAUGUUUUUUUAUAAGCGACCAGUUUAGUGAUUUGAUCUUCCAACCAUAAAUCACAAUAUAACACGCGACAUGACCAAUAUUACUUACGAAACGACUUAUUGUAAUAUUGGAUAUUAACAAGGUGUAAAUAAUAGUUUUUUAUCUUUUUUUUUUGUUUCCCUAUGGACUAUUUUAGUGAAAUGUAUUAUGACAUAGCCAUAACAUUGCCGACGUGAUUUU